AUGUCGAGCUCUCAGUUCGCCACGCAUCAAGAUGCCGCGCCCGCGCCACCAGACAAUAAUGCAGCAAACCCCCCACGAAAGAGGAGGAAACGCGCACCUGCUGCUGGCGCAGCUGUGGACUGCUUCACCUGUACAAGUCGCAGUGUCAAUUGCGACCGGCGGAGACCGUACUGUUCCCGGUGCUUGGAUGACGGGAAAGACUGUGCUGGCUACAAAACUCAAUUGACCUGGGGGAAUGGAGUGGCAAGUCGAGGCAAGCUGCGUGGCCUUUCACUGCCCAUCGCAGGCACUCAGAAGCUUCCGCAGUCCGGUUCACCACCCAGACCGAAGAAGAGACCUUUGCUGCCACCAUCUUCGCCCCGUCCACCUCAGCUACAACACAUUCUCAAUGCUGCCCCAGAAAUUCACCCUGUUCCCUCUCCGGCUGUGCGAGACCCGGAUUCUACUACCAACGGCAAUGCACCCUUCCGCUUUGGUCUGUCGCAUCCUCCCCCAGUUCCACCCUCUUAUCCUACGACUACUGGUUCAUGGAGCCCACAACCAGAACUUCCCAGCGUCAAGAUAGAGCCGAGCGUCUCUUCAUAUCCAGCUUCAUCUUGGGCACCAUCCGUUGUCCACGGUGCCUCUACUGGCGCUAGUCUUAGACGGCCCAGCGCUGCGUACAGCGGAAGCGACCGAGUGUCCCCUAUGUCUUACUCUGCGCCAUCGCCCGAAUCAGCAUACUUCACACGAGUCUUGAACCACACGACGACAGGUAUGCCGGCCACACUGCCCCCAUAUCCCGACUCACCUCAACUCGCCUCCCCAUUCGGUGGCUCCUUUCCCGACCACAGGCAGUUUCACAUUUACCAGAGACAGGACGACGAUAUUUUUCACAACGAAUCACCUGCCCAGUCACUUCUGCCCCAAAAGGUGGAAGCAUCCCACGUCCAGAACAUCGACGAAGCUGUUGAUGAAGAAGUCGAGGAAGUCCCUCGACUCAAGUUUGAAAAUGAAUGUGCCAUUGUGGAAGAUGAUUCUGCAAUAGGCUUUCCACAAUGGUCGCUCCACAACGACAGCCUUUCACUCUCGCCUUUUGCAGGCUUUACAGCUAUUGGAGCAACUCCACGAAUACAGUACCUUAUACAGUAUUACACUGAGGUCAUAUCGCCUGUGAUUGUAGCCUUUGACGGCCCUUCCAAUCCGUAUCGGACACAGAUUUUGCGGCUAGCGGGAAGGAGCGAAACCCUCCAGCACGCCAUAGCUGCAUUGGCGGCGAGUAACCUGAGACAACGGCGGGAAACAGGAUUAUCUACGGGCAAGACGGAUCCCGCGAGGCGGUCAUCCAUGGCUCAUCUCACUCUCACGCAAGAGGAGUGGCAUGAGACAGGCUUGUUGACUCCGCAAGAGCAAGCACGUGAGGAAUCACUGCAUAAAGGGAUUGCCAUCCAAUCCCUCAACAUGCAGCUUGCUAAUCCUCUACAACGAAUGGACGAUUCGAUUUUGGCAACACUACUUAUUCUGUGUCUAUUUCAUAUUUGCGAUUCGGGGGUUGCAAAGUUCCGUACACAGUUCGCUGGCGUCAAGAAACUCCUUGCCUUGCGCAAGAAUGACCCAGGGCUGAACACGAGGGAGGCGAAAUGGUUUACACGGAUGUUUACAUGGUUUGAUGCCAUGACUGCUACGGUCAAUGAUCGUGAGGGACAGCUUCAGGGCUACCACCUGGAUGUGUCCGCCCUCUCGGACGAGGAAUGGGCAUUGGAGAACCUUGCUGGUUGUGAUGGGAAUCUGUUCAAGGUCAUUGCUAAAUUGGGCAGGCUGAAUGUGUUGAGUCAAGGCAGAUCUGUUGAAGAAAGUCCCGCUAUUGUAUCUCGGCCUCUGCCCACGAUGCCAUCGGUACUCAAUUUUGACUAUAGCAAAUUCGAUGGCAAUGGAUGGAUGCGGAUCGCUGAGGAUGAGGAACUGUUCUCCAGCAAAGUCACGGAGCCCGAUGUGAAGACGCAGUUCUGGCGAGAAUGGAGGGAAAUUCGGCAGGCAUUAUUGUCCUGGCAGCUGGAUACCACCGUUCUCGAUCGCCCGACCCCGGGAGCACCCUAUUUGACCGAUGAGCAGCGCAUUGACCUCGGCAAUAUAUCUGAGUCCUUCAGAUAUUCUGCACUGUUGUAUACGGAGCGCUUAGCCCAUCCACGGGCUCCCAGUACGGAGCCGGCUAUUCGCGGUUGGGUGCGGGAGUGCCUGAAGUACAUCAAAGCUGUCAAGUCGGACGUCUACCUCCUUUGGCCUUUGUUCAUCACAGGCAGCGAGUGCGUGGAUGACCUUGAUCGUGAGGUGAUUCGUCAACGAUGCCUGGAUAUCCAGAAAGACAGUGGCUUCCUCAACAACAAGAGCUGCUUGGAGCUUUUGGAAAAGGUGUGGCGCGCCUAUGACGACAAGAAGAAACAGAGUGAGCACGCGGAGUCCGAUGGACAUGCGGAUAACGAAACUGGCUUCAGGUUCACGACUAUUAUGAAAAUGGAGAGCAACGAGGGCGAGUAUAUUGUCGUCUGA